AUGCGUCUGAGUCCGCGCGAAGAGGACCAUUUGAUGCUGCACUCGGCCGGCUUCCUGGCCCAGAAGCGGCUGGCGAGGGGCCUCCGACUCAACUACACGGAGAGCGUCGCGCUGCUGGCCACGCAGGUGCUGGAGUUCAUCCGGGACGGCAAGACGGUGGCGGAGCUCAUGACCCUCGGCGCGCAGAUGCUCGGAAGACGCCAGGUGAUGGAGGGCGUGGCCUCCAUCCUGGACGAGGUGCAGGUCGAAGGCACCUUCCCGGAUGGCACCAAGCUCGUGACGAUCCACAACCCCAUCUCCAGCCUGGACGGAGAUCUGUCGCUGGCUCUGUACGGGUCGUUCCUGCCCGUGCCCAAGCUCGAGGUGUUCGGUCCUGCUGCUACGACGCCCGCGGUGGCGCCUGGAGCUCUCAUCACUCAAGACUCGGACAUUGUGUUCAAUGCCGGCCGCAAGGCGCGCGUGCUGCAGAUUACCAACCUGUCGGACCGGCCCAUUCAAGUCGGAAGCCACUACCACCUCAUCGAGACCAACCCGUACCUGGAGAUGGACCGCAAGCUCGCCUACGGACACCGUCUGAACAUUGCAUCGGGCACUGCGGUGCGAUUCGAGCCCGGAGACCAGAAGACGGUCUCGAUUGUCCCCAUUGCAGGAAACAAGGUGAUCACGGGCGGCAACAACCUCGCAACUGGCGUGGUGGACGAAUCCAAGGUGGACGCGAUCGUCACCAAGGCGGUGGCUGAGGGUUUCCACCACAAGGAGCUGGAUCUGAGCAAGCUGCCGAGUAGCGUGACCCAGCCGGACUUUGGAGUGUGCAAGAUGCCCAGAAGUGUGUACGCGCAGACAUAUGGUCCUACGACGGGAGACGUCGUACGACUUGGUGACAUGGAGCUGUAUGUUGCCGUGGAGAAGGAUAUGACGGUGUAUGGAGACGAGUGCAAGUUCGGUGGUGGCAAGGUUCUGCGUGAAGGCAUGGGCCAGGCGUCAGGAAAGACGUCAGCGCAGGUGGUGGAUACGAUCAUCACCAACGCUUUGGUUGUGGACUACACGGGCAUCUACAAGGCUGAUGUGGGUAUCAAGGACGGUCUCAUUGCUGGCAUUGGUAAGGGCGGCAACCCUGACGUGAUGGAGGGCGUGAUGCCGAACCUGAUUGUGGGCGUGAACACCGAGGUGAUCGCUGGCGAAGGCUUGAUUCUGACUGCUGGAGGCUUCGACGCCCACGUGCACUUCAUCUGCCCGCAGCUCUGCACUGAGGCGCUCGCGAGUGGAUUGACUACGCUUGUUGGUGGAGGUACUGGCCCAGCUACUGGAACGAACGCGACGACGUGCACUCCUGGGCCGAACCACAUGAAGCUGAUGCUGCAGGCGACGGACUCGUCCCCGAUGAACAUUGGAUUGACGAGCAAGGGUAACACAUCGCUUCCUGAAGGCCUCCAAGACACGAUCGAUGCUGGCGCUGUGGGCAUGAAGCUGCACGAAGAUUGGGGGACCACACCGGCGGCCAUCGACAACUGUCUUCAAGUAGCAGAGGAGAACGACGUGCAGGUGACGAUCCACACAGACACGUUGAACGAGUCUUGCUGCGUCGAGCACACCAUCAAGGCUUUCAAGGGCCGAACGAUCCACACCUAUCACAGUGAAGGUGCUGGUGGGGGCCACGCCCCGGAUAUUGUAACCGUGUGUGGUGAGCCCAACGUGCUUCCUUCGUCCACUAACCCAACGCGCCCGUACACGCGCAACACCAUCGACGAGCACGUGGAUAUGCUCAUGGUGUGCCACCAUUUGGACAAGAAGAUCGCUGAGGACGUGGCGUUCGCUGAGUCGCGUAUCCGUGGUGAGACUAUUGCAGCCGAAGACUUGCUGCACGACAUGGGGGCGAUCAGUAUUAUUUCCUCGGACUCGCAGGCUAUGGGGCGUAUCGGUGAAGUGAUCACGCGCACCUGGCAGACUGCAGACAAGAUGAAGAAGGAGCUGGGUCUUCUACCCGAAGACGCUGCAUCGCAGCACAAGCGUGACAACUUCCGAGUCCGUCGCUACGUGGCGAAGUACACAAUCAACCCCGCUAUCGCUCACGGGAUGUCACACCUCAUCGGCUCCGUGGAGGUGAACAAGCUCGCUGACCUUUGCCUUUGGAAGCCCUGCUUCUUCGGUAGCAAGCCGGAGAUAGUGAUCAAGGGCGGGGCUAUUGCCUACGCCCAGAUGGGCGACCCGAACGCCUCAAUUCCGACUCCGCAGCCCGUGAAGAUGCGUCCCAUGUUCGGAGCCUUGGGUGCGGCAGUUGGAAUGGGCUCUAUUGCCUUCGUUAGCAAGAGUUGCGUGGACAAGAAGAUCGCGGCGUCGUAUGAACUGAAGAAGCGCAUUGAAGCGGUUCGUCACUGCCGCGGCGUCACCAAGAAGGACAUGAAGCUGAACGACGCCCUGCCAAAGAUCAAGGUCGACCCGGAGACGUACAAGGUGCACGCGGACGGGAAGCUGCUGACCUGCGGUCCAGCGUCGUCGCUGCCUCUGGCGCAAAGGUUCUUCCUGUUCUAG